UUGAAAAAAAAAAACAAUGAAGAGGCUUUUAUAUGGGUCAUUGUAUUGUAGGCAAACAAUGCCGGUGUGCCCUUUAGUAAUUAGGUGAUAACAUUUCUGUUUAUCUGCGGGUUGCAAUAUCUCUCCUGAUCAUUGGGCAUCGAUAGGACAUAAUAUACAUACCAGUGAUAUAGCUUACUACAGAAAACAAAAACACCAGUCGACCCGACGCAAAUAAUACCGACCUACAUAGAGCACUGAUUGAUGAACCAAGAACAGCAUAAUUCCUCCCGACACCAAGAUGCAACAAAUAGAACAAUCGACAGAUGGCGUUGUAGAAACCGAGAGCAGUUUCAUGGAUCCUCCCCAGCGCCACUUACAGUCCCCGCGGAAUUCUCUGAAAGACCAAGAAAUACCACAACCGCCUGUCAAGCCCAAGAGACGCAUCAUCGUUGAACCGGUUGUGUUUCUUUAUUUCAUGGCCGCCGCAGCCUGCAGUCCACUGAUGAUUUUUUACGUGGAGAAAAAAGUUUAUGAACGCUUUCACGUUAAUGUUACCGUCAGCAAUUCUUCCAGUGUGUCCCUUUGUGACAAAAACCAGACGACGAACGACAGGUUGAUUCAGGAAAAUGCGGCAAUGUGGAACAUGUACCUCACCAUUGCAUACAUGAUACCGAGCGUCAUUUCAACCGUUGUUUUUGGUGCGCAUAGUGACAGGGCGGGCAGAAAACCUUAUUUGCUCCUCCCUUGUUUCAGUGGAGUCCUGUACCUGGGCAUCACCGCCUUAAUCGUCCAACUAGAUCUACCAUUAGAGUAUCUUCUGAUUAGCAAUGUUCUGGGUGGUUCCCUCGGUGGCUACACCAUUCUUUUCCUUGGUGCCAUCGCCUACACGGCGGACACCACUACAGAUGGACAAAGGGGAUUUAGGAUCUUGGUUCUUGACUGCUUGGUACUUUUAGGCUUUGCUAUUGGAGUGGUCAGCGUGGACUACUGGAUAGCUCUAGAUAAUCAAAGUGAUACCGCUUUCUUAUCCAAGGCCCUUGUCAUUGGAGCGUUGUUAACCGUGACUGCAAUAUAUGUGGUGCUAUUUGUGCCCGAAACCGUAAAACAAGAGCCAACGGCGAAGCUUUUCUCUGUCAAAAAUAUAGCAUCCGUGGUAUCUAUAUACACCACAGAGAACAGCGUGACAACCGGCGGCAACGGAACUACGGGUCGCAGAAAAUGGAAACUCCGUAUUCUCUUUGCAUCUCUUCUCUUCGUUGCCAUGGUGCUAUCUCCGCCGAUCAUUUCCAUUGAAAUCUUCUACGUGUUGAACCGACCUUUUUGCUGGGAUGCCGAACUGCUUGGCACAUUCUUGGCCAGUACCAUGGUUUUGAUGGCAUUUGGAGCAGCGCUGGGACUAUUUGUCAUGCAACAUUGGUGGAAGAUGUCUGAUAUUGGUAUAGCAUUAGUUGCGUUAGUAAGCGUAAUGGCAGCAAGUGUACUUCAAGCGUUUGCCAACAAAACCGAACUUAUGUUUGUGAGUUCAGUUCUGGGCAUGCUGGCACUACUAAUUAUUCCUAUGAUACGGGCCCAGAUGUCAAAGACCGUUCACCCAAAGAAGCAAGGAGCUCUCUUUGCCAGCGUAGCUGCUGUAGAGACUUUAUGUGCUUUGCUGUCCAGUGUGACAUUUUAUCCCGUGUACUCGGCCACUGUUGACAUCUUUAACGGGGCCGUGUUCCUCGCAGUGGCCGCAUACUUAUGCAUGGGGUUUCUGCUGUUGUGCGUUCAUGUCAUCUACAGCAGGCGGCGUAGACCCGGUAGGGAGAGUUUGAAGAUAGGAGACGUAUUGAAGCGCUCAUACAGUUCCUGCCAGUCUAGCAGUGCGUACAGCAGUGUAGCAGAGGAUCCUGUACACCCAGGAGAACUGGUUGAAAGCAACGAGAAUGAAUCGAAUGUUUCAUAGUAGCUGUGAAGCAUGGGGGCUGGCUUCACAAAAGAACAUUAGCCAUGAAAAUGGUAUGAACUUUUAGAGAUGAGAAGACAUGGGGUAUAUCACUUCAAGAUAAAUCCAAAAUAGUGCACGUAAAUAAAACGAGUAGGUGUUGGGUUGAAACGUUAAUCAUGUUUUUUUCUUGCCGUAAAACUGGCACAGCAUUACAAUUGAUCCGACUAAUACCGGUUUAUUUUGAUUCAAAAUAGACCAA